GCUGCGUGACCGCUGCGUGAACACCAGAAUCUCUCCCUUUACCUUUAGUUCUGAUUCUGAACCUUUGUAUGAGAUAACGAUCUAAAACUGAAUUUCAUCUCAAUAGAUAUGGGAUAGGAAAUGUAAUAAAUUGAAUUGAGGGAGAAUUGUUAUCUUUGGCACAGAUUGCGCUAUUUACAUUUCCACUGAGAAGGCAAGGGGGCAUGCUUUUCGGUGUAUACGUGUGUCAUAGGUCAUAUCGCCGUUCUAUUACGAUUUCCGGUUUCAAUCGUCACAACAGAAAAAAUGAGAGACAAAGCGGAGGGGACACUCCGAAAAUAAAUAACAACAACUGUCCAAACAAGGAUUAUACUCAUAUAUUUAUAAAUAUUUUGAUUCAGAGUCUCAUAGUCAAAUACUGGUUAUAAGGGGAGGUUUCUCCAGCAUAACUUGGCCGUGGUGUUAGGGGGAGCCGUGAGGCAGAUCCAGCAAUGGCAGAAGUGGAUCCAGAGACCCUGCUGGAGUGGCUCCAGAUGGGGCAAGGGGAAGAAAGAGACAUGCAGCUCAUAGCACUGGAACAACUUUGUAUGCUCCUGCUCAUGUCAGAUAACGUGGAUAGAUGUUUUGAGAGCUGUCCACCUAGAACCUUUCUCCCCGCACUGUGCCGUAUUUUUCUGGACGAGCAUGCUCCGGACAACGUACUUGAAGUCACUGCCCGAGCCAUCACCUACUACCUGGAUGUCUCCGCGGAGUGCACUCGUAGGAUCGUGGCUGUAGAUGGCGCUGUCAAGGCCCUUUGCAAUCGUCUGGUUGUUGUCGAGCUGUCUUGUCGAACCAGCAAGGAUUUAGCUGAACAAUGCAUAAAGGUCCUUGAACUGAUGUGCACAAGGGAGUCAGGAGCCGUGUUUGAGGCCGGUGGUCUCCAUUGCGUCCUAUCUUUCAUCCGAGACAACGGCUCCAUGAUCCACAAGGAUACCCUCCACUCGGCCAUGGCAGUGGUCUCCAGGCUCUGUGGCAAGAUGGAGCCAUCGGACGGCUCCUUAGAGACAUGUGUGGAGUCCCUCUCCACUCUGCUCAAACAUGAGGAUCCGCAUGUUGCUGAUGGAGCCUUGCGCUGCUUUGCAUCCCUCGCUGACCGCUUCACAAGGCGUGGGGUAGACCCCGCCCCUCUUGCCCGCCAUGGACUGACCAAUGAGCUUCUGGAACGUCUGGCCAACUGUGGUCAGCCGGCCUCCUUCAGCACCACCGCCACCCAAUCCACCACACCUAGGGCGGCGGCAGGGGCGACACCAGACUCCAAGAGCAAUCCAAACAUCUCUACAGUCAUCAGUCUACUCUCAACUCUUUGCCGAGGCUCACCUAGUGUUACUCAUGAUUUAUUACGAUCAGACCUUCCAGCUUCAAUAGAAAAGGCACUCAUGGGCGAUGAAAGAUGUGUCCUGGACACCAUGCGUCUUGUUGACCUUCUUCUGGUGCUUCUCUUUGAGGGUCGUAAGGCACUCCCCAAGUCCAGCAUCGCCCCUAGGCUUCGUAGCAGCACUACCGGUCUACGUCGCCUUGACAGUGCAGGAGAACGGACCCAUCGUCAUCUCAUUGAUUGUAUUCGUAGUAAGGAUACCGAUGCACUCAUUGAUGCGAUUGAUACCGGAGUUGAAGUUAACUAUAUGGAUGAUGUUGGCCAAACAUUGCUUAAUUGGGCUUCAGCCUUUGGAACACAGGAAAUGGUCGAGUUUCUUUGUGAGAGAGGAGCUGACGUUAACAGAGGUCAAAGGUCGUCUUCUCUACACUAUGCUGCAUGCUUUGGUAGACCUCAAGUAGCCAAGACCCUGCUUCGUCAUGGUGCUAAUCCUGAUCUAAGGGAUGAAGAUGGCAAAACCCCUUUGGACAAGGCCAGGGAAAGAAAUGAUGAAGGUCAUCGUGAGGUCAUGCAAAUUCUUCAAUCUCCAGGUGAAUGGAUGGUGCCAGUAUCAUCAGCCACAGAGUCUACCAUCACCAGCCCGGAGGAGAUCAAACCAGAAGAUGGAGACCGGGAGCCCAAGGGAGACCCUGAGAUGGCCCCUGUAUACCUCAGGAAAAUGCUGCCUAUCUUUGCUCAAGUCUACAACAACACCAUGAUGCCUUCAGUCAGGAAAGCCACCUUAGCUCUUAUACGUAAGAUGAUCCACUAUGCACCGUCCAGGCUUUUAUGUGAGAUCUGCUCAGGAGACCUAUUAGGAUUCACACCAAUCUUGGUUGAAGUAUUGGCAGCCGUCUUAGAUCAUGAGGAUGAUGAUGAGGGUCACCUGACAGCCCUUCAAAUCAUUCAAGAUCUAAUGUACAAGGGCCAGGACCUGUUCUUGGACCACUUUGCCAGACUAGGUGUAUUCAGCAAGGUGUCGUCCCUCGUUGGACCCAUCGAUGAUGAGAGGGAAGAAGAAGGAGCCACUGCCCAAGUCAAAAGGGAGAUCCCUGAUGAUCACCACCACCAACUACAGCAACAGCAACACCACCAACAUAUGCAGCAGCAACAACAGCAGCAACAACACCAGCAGCAGCCACCACAGCAGCAACCCCAGCAGCAGAGGAUGGAUGAUUCUAAGGAGGUUGUGGCAGGUCGACCUUACAGCUGGAAAGACUGGUGCCUGGCCAGGGGUAGGGACUGUCUCUAUAUCUGGAGCGACGCUGCCGCCCUGGAACUCUCCAAUGGCAGUAACGGCUGGUUCAGGUUUAUCCUUGAUGGCAAAUUGGCAACCAUGUACUCCAGCGGUAGUCCUGAGGGAGGAUCUGAUAGCUCAGAGAGCCGUAGUGAGUUCCUUGAGAAAUUACAACGUGCCCGGAGUCAAGUGAUGCCAGCUAUCCAGACCCAACCUAUCCUCUCCACACCCGGUCCUACCAAGCUAGUUGUCGGUAACUGGACGUUGCAAUGCAAAAAGGAAGGUGAACUGGUCAUCCAUAACUCAGAUGGACAACAGCAACAGGCAACAGUCCUGAGGGAGGAUCUAGCUGGGUUCAUCUUCGAGUCCAAUCGUGGGACCAAGCAUUCUUUCAUCGCUGAGACCUCGCUUGGUCCAGAGUUCUCUACUGGUUGGACCGGUAAGAGAGGAAGGAGAUUCAGAUCAAAACUGGAACAAGUCCAACAAAAGGUUAAGGCACUCGCCCGUGAGCUGUAUGAGGGUUACUUCAAGGUUGCAGAGUCUCAUCCUCGGGAUGUAGUAGCCAAACUCAACUCUAUCGUCCAGCAGCUAGAGGCUGGAUGUGACCUCUACAAUGACCCCAUCAAGGGCAUUGAUGAAGAACAGGGCUGGAUGGAAGAGAUGAAGGGCGCCCUCGAGAGUUUGACCUGCCUUCUUCGAGAGGAGAACAACAUCUCAGCGUAUGAGUUACACAGCAGCGGUCUCGUGCAGGCCCUGCUCUACUGCCUUAGUGAUGGCUACGAUCAUGUCGCUCUCCAUGACCGGUAUAUCAAGGAGAGGGUUGCACUCUUCAAAUCAGCUUUCAGGGAUACCAAUGAUGAAGAUGGUGGUGUUUCUCCUUCUGUGAUGUUGGUACGCAAGCUGGUAGCCGUUCUUGAAUCAAUUGAGAGGCUUCCUCUGUUUAUCUAUGACUCUGCUGGUUCUAGCUAUGGUCUUCAGGUUCUUACACGUAGGCUGAGGUUCAGAUUGGAAAGAGCUACCGGAGAGACUGCCCUCAUUGAUAGAACUGGGAGAACAUUGAAGAUGGAACCUCUUACUACUGUGGCCAGUCUUGAGAGAUACUUACUCAAAAUGGUCGCCAAGCAGUGGUACGACUACGAGCGAACGAGCUUCACAUUUGUACAUCGUCUGAAGGAAGCACAGUCUAUCACGUUCAGACACACUCAUGAUUUUGAUGAUAAUGGAAUCAUCUACUGGGUGGGAACGAAUGCAAAAACUGCCUAUGAAUGGGUCAACCCUGGUCAGUAUGGUCUCAUUGUGGUCAGUAGCUCUGAUGGACGAUCUCUUCCCUAUGGCCGUCUAGAAGACAUCCUUAGCCGUGAUUCAUCAGCUCUAAACUGUCAUACCAACGAUGACAAGCGAGCAUGGUACUCCAUAGACCUUGGAUUGUGGGUGAUACCAUCCGCCUACACCCUGCGACACGCCAGGGGCUACGGCCGAUCUGCCCUGAGGAACUGGCAGUAUCAGAUGUCAAAGGAUGGCAUCACUUGGACGACCCUACUCACCCAUACUGAUGACUGCUCCCUCAAUGAACCAGGGUCUACUGCCACUUGGCCCUUGGAACCCUUAGCGACUGAGAAGAAAGGCUGGCGUUACAUCCGUCUUCAACAGAUGGGCAAGAAUGCUAGUGGUCAGACCCACUAUCUAUCGCUCUCUGGAUUUGAACUCUACGGCACUAUUACUGGGGUUGUGGAAGAGAAUCUGAGUGUUGCCCCUGCCAAGGUGGUGAAGGACCCCGAAUCAAGUAUGAGGAAGCAGCGUAAGCUGGUCCGCUCUCAGGUACUUCGUCAGAUGGUUAGCCAGCGAGGGCGCAGUACUGAUUGGAGAUGGAGAGAGUUUGAAGGAGCUCACCAAGCCGAGGGUCUUGCUUCGAGUGAGAGAGAAUCAUUGGUAGCUGCCGUGUUGAAAGCAGCAGCCCAGAACGAGCCCCUGCCCUCCAGGGAGCCCCCACCCCUCCCCCGUAUGAAAACGGUCACUAUCCCUGGAACCAGGAGCCCCUCUGUCACCAGCUCCAUGCCUGGAUCCACCACAGGAGCCACGGGACCCAUCCUGGGUCGUAACAAAAGCAACUCCACACCAAGUCUCAGCGCGGGAGAGGGACCUGAUGCUGGCUCAGCUUGCAAAGAUAAAGAUCACGCCUCCACCUCCGAUCUCACAGCUCCCAGUUUAGCAUCCGCGGCUGUCGUUAUGGAGAAUCAGCUGAUGCGUUCCGGCCUAGAAGCAGUGCUGGCGGAGACGGAAGCGGUGGUCGACGGUGCUGUCAGUGCUGUGUUGAGUGGAGGAAGGAGUAAAAGGCUGGCGACGGACUCUGAGAAGGCUCUUUCUGAGGCUAUUGAGCUCCCUCCCACUACAGGUACUGGUUCCACCUCCGUGCUGCCCCCUACCACAAGCAGUAUGAGUGUGAGCGUACCCAACCUGAGCAGUAACCAGGACGUGGUCUCCAGCCUAGCCGAUACCUUCCCAUCUCUGAUGAGACAGAGCAGAGGUAGCGUCGGCAGUGGGAACAGCACCCUCUCCAGUCGGACCAAUACCUUCACGUCCAGCUUCGUGAGGUUCCCGUACUCCUCGUCUGGCCUGCCAAGUAACAACUACCUGAGCAGUGCCCAGAGUGCUCCCAACUUGCCUGGUGCUACCACGACCUCUAUGCCUACAUCAGCCAGCACUGUCCUCACCAGUACCCUAAGCUCUGCCCUCGCGACCUCCCUGACCUCAACCUCUAGCGAGAGCGAUAACGAGUUCUUAGAGCCUUGUCCUACCAGCUCUCUCAUGGCAGAGCUGGAAGAUGAGGAGUUCCCGGAGCCUGAGGAUCUCGACGAUGAGAACGAGGAUGAUAGCGAUGGAGAGGACUACGAUGAUGGCACGGAGGAAGAAGACUAUGACAGCCGAGGUGUUAGACGCAAGACUUGGGAUGAUGAACACGUAUUAAAGAGACAGUUCUCUGCCUUGGUACCUGCCUUUGAUCCUAGACCAGGCAGGACCAACGUCCAACAGACAACAGACCUUGAGAUACCCCCACCAGGUACACCUGACACAUCAUUUAGAGACGAAACUGAUAACACUCCAACACCCAGACUAGCACUCUUCCUAAGAGGUCCUGGACUACAAGGGGUCCAGGAGACUGAAGUAUUCUGUGAAGAUCUACGAUCCACCAUUUUUAGAUAUGUUCAGAUGCUGUACCAGCAGACUCCCACUGGUACCAAACAUGACAGGUUACGCAGGAUAUGGGAACCAACAUACACGGUUGUAUAUAGAGAAUCAAGACCACAGGAUGAAAGCACUUCGAGUAUAGAAAACACAGAGGGUCCAUGGACCGUAGGCUUUGUACAAAGACACCUAGGCACUGAGAGACUUCCUAAGACAGAGCUUAUCAUGUAUCUUCAGGAGAAAGCAGAUGCUCAAUUCCUUAGGAGAUGGAAGCUGACUAGUAAUGCUACGAAUAUACGUAGGACCAGGAACUCUUCUAGACUUAUAGCAGCUUACAGGGAAUUCAUCCAGCUUGGUUUAGCCAGACCAUCCAGCCAUCAGCGAUUAAGCCAGGACUCAGGGCAUGUCCUUAGCGAGAGUGAUGGUGGUAGCCUGAGUGUUGGUGGCAAGGAGACCGGUGCUUGCAGCGUAGAUGAUGUCUUACAGCUCCUUAGGAUCCUCUAUGCCAUAGCUACAGAUGUAGGCUCUACUGAUCCUGAUGGCCAUCGCUUCAAUGUUCCACCUGAAGAAUUCUAUAGUAAAAAGAUCACCAACAAGCUAGCUCAGCAAGUACAGGACCCACUUGUUCUUGCCAGUUUAUCUCUUCCUAAAUGGUGCGAGAGACUGACGAAUAGAUGUCCAAUGCUCUUCCCGUUUGAGACAAGGCAACUCUACUUCACAUGUACUGCAUUUGGUGUAUCAAGAGCCAUAGCCUGGCUUCAGGGCAAACGAGAGGCAAACACUGAACGUGUGCGUACUCCUAGCACCAGACGAGAUGACCACCACGAGUUCCAGGUUGGACGUCUGAAACACGAAAGGGUCAAGGUACCAAGAGGAGAGCAGCUAUUGGAAUGGGCCAUCAAUGUGAUGAGACUCCAUUGUUCAAGGAAAUCCAUUCUAGAGGUUGAAUUCCUUGGUGAAGAAGGAACAGGUCUUGGUCCUACACUAGAGUUCUAUGCUCUGAUAGCAGCUGAGCUCCAGCGUAAGAGUCUAGGAAUGUGGCUGACUGAUGAUGAAAUAGCAGACGACAUGUCAAGAGAGGUUGAUAUUGGUGAGGGUGAGAAGCCACGAGGUUACUACAUUCAGAGAGCAUCCGGUCUCUUCCCUGCUCCCAUCGUCCAAGACAGCGAGGAGAUCUCUCGCAUAGAGCUCCUCUAUAACUUCCUAGGCAUCUUCCUGGCAAAGUGCCUCCAGGACAAUCGCAUGGUCGACAUCCCUCUCUCCAGACCCUUCCUCAAGUUAAUGUGCAUGGGUGAGACCGGUAGCUCCCACCUCUACUACACCUCAACGCAAGAAUCCUACACCUCGCCUAGGGACUCUGAGGUCUUCUUUGCCGAGAUGCAGCAGACGGAAGCCUCGCUGGAGAGCAUGAGCGAGCUGAUCUCUGACCUCGCCAUCGACAGCGGCAACGAGUCCAAGGAGCUGAUCCUAGCGGCCGAUCCGCCCAAACCGUGUACCCCGGCUUGGUUUGCCGGAGUCCUGACCUGGUCGGACUUUGAGCUGAUUGAUCCUCAUAGGGCGAAAUUCUUGCAGCAUCUUCAAGAGAUGGUGGAUCGGAAGAGACAGAUUCAGCUGGAUGGUAGUAAGACGGAGGAGGAGAGGAACAAUGAGAUUCAGAACCUGUGUCUUGAGACCUCACCUGGAAUACCAGUCAGGCUUGAGGAUCUAGGAUUGACAUUCCAGUUCAACCCAUCCUCCAAGGUGUAUGGUUAUCAUAGCUUCAAUCUCAAACCUGAUGGGGAUGACGAGUGUGUGACCCUUGACAAUGCUGAGGAGUAUAUCGAGCUGGUAACCGAUUUCUGUCUUCACACUGGUAUCAGGAGACAGAUGGAAGCCUUCAGAGAUGGCUUUAAUCAAGUUUUCCCUAUGGAAAAGCUUCAUAGUUUUAGUCCAGCUGAGUUCCAGACUAUUCUGUGUGGAGACCAAGCACCAGCAUGGACUAGGGAAGAUAUCCUCAACUAUACUGAACCUAAAUUAGGCUAUACCAGAGAAAGUCCUGGCUUCCAGCGCUUUGUCAACGUCCUGUGUGCAAUGAAUGGCGAUGAACGCAAAUCCUUCCUCCAGUUCACUACCGGCUGCUCCUCCCUACCCCCCGGUGGUCUGGCUAACCUCCAUCCCCGUCUGACCAUCGUCCGCAAGGUGGACGCCAACGACCACACCUACCCAUCGGUCAACACCUGCGUCCAUUAUCUCAAGCUACCCGAGUACUCCAACGAGGAGAUCAUCCGGGAGAGGCUGCUGAGCGCUACCAAGGAGAAAGGGUUCCACCUCAAUUAACCUCGGCUUAACCCUACAUCUCAAAGACUCUAGAAAUAUUAUUAUCCAGAUUGUGAUUUGACCUAGGCUUAAUUUAUAUAUUCCAUUGGAGUGAUGCUCUAGGCUCUCUCUGUCUAUAUAUAUAUUGAUGAUUGAUUUAGAGGAAACCCUGAAGAUUUUUGGAAGGGUAGCUAGACUCUGAGACUAAUUAUGAAAUGCCAAGAACUGAAUUAAAGCCCUGCUUCUCAAGAUUUUAGAAUUAUUGAUUCAGGUUUUACAUGUUUUUAUCUAUGUGAGGAAAGAAAGUCAGAAACUUCAACCAUCUCAUUAUUAACUUCCUAUGUUCUUGUUUUCUGUUGUGUGAUAAUGGAUAGUGAUUUAUCAAUUUAUUUUUUUUAGUUUUUUUGGGGGGCAAAUUAUGUGCGUUUUUGGAAAUUCCUUUAGAAAGGAUGUUCCAACAGUAAUGUUGUACUUGCUGAAACAUUGAAACUCCAGAGAAAAUUUGUGAUUAAGAAAAUAUUGGAGAAAUAUUACAGGUUCAGAUCGCUUGAUGAUCUGGCAGUGGGCUUUCCUAUUCCCAGUGACGUUUUUACGCGAGUUAAACAUCACGAGAGUUAAUGAUGAUCAGUUGGUCUUGUCUAGUGGUGGCAACUAUCAGAUGUAUUCUACAGUUGUACGUAAACAAAUAAAAAAAUAUAUGUCAUUUUAAUCUUGCUCUUUGUCUCUUCUCCAAAACAACCUUGAAAUAUAAGAAAGUAUGUUUUAUUGUUUUUUCCACAAAAUCUGAAUUUGAGGUGGAGGAGAAGUAUUGAAUUUCGAAUCACUUCACAUGUGUACCUUUGUGUACAUGUUAGCACAUCGUUUCAAUAACACAUAUAUAACAAGCUCUAUUUUUUGAGUGGUUGCACAAAGAUGUUCUAUUUUGUACUUGAUGCCAUUGAGUUUACCUCAUCACUCUAGAUCGGGUCCAAAUCUGAAGAGUUUAAGAGACAAACUAUGUCACAUAUUCUUCCUGUCCAUAUAUGAAAUGCAAACGGCUUGACUUAUCUGCAUCACUGUAUGUAAAUUAGGAAUUGCAUUGUGUGCUUGCUUGCUUGUAUCACAGUCAUUUACCGAAGAGAGUCAAUAUUUGACUUCCACGCACUGUAGAAAAAGUGUAAUAAUCUUGAUUUGAAAAACCAUUCUAAGAUAGAAUAAUUGCACAUAAUUGUAUUGAGAAUCAUUCAAAAUAAUAAUUUUUUUGCACUGGAAAUGUCAUGAUGACUAUUUCAUUUUGUUUAUCACAGAUCAAUCAUCUUUAAAAUUUGUGCAUUGUUUGAUUUUGUUAGCCUUGUUAAUAAUGUAUUGUUGCUAACUCUCAUAAUUUAUUCUCCUUUGGUACUCGACUGAAGUCAAAGCUUUGGCCAUAUCUGUGCUUUGAUACACUUAGUGCUUACUAAUAAGAAAUCAAGGAAUAUGGUUUUGCAAUUGACAUUGUAUCAGCCUCCGUGUUUCCUGUGUCUAAUGGCUUUAUUGUCUCAAUUUGUUCAUCACGGCCAACACAAAAAUGUUGGAAAGUGCACCCUAUUUAACACUAUCUUUUCAAUGUGAAUAUAUUUUGUUUUCAUACAUUUCUGACAUGUGAAUUCUGAAAAGCUUUUGAGCUGUUAUACUUCAAUAAGUAUUUCCUUUCUCUUACAUUGAUAGAUAUUUUUGAAAUUUUCACCUCUAUUUUUUGUUGUUGUUGUUUGCCAUUAUUUCUCUUUGUGACUGAUCACAUGUUUAAAAAAAAAGUUGUCUUUGGAAAUACAAAAAUUUUCUUAUAUGAAAGCUUUUUUUCAUAAUUGAAGAAGGUUGUUUAUAUGCCAGUUCUUAUGUGAUAUUGUCAAUUACAUAUUGAUUCAAACAUUGGUCAGUAGUAUGUAAGUUUAAGAUGACAAUUUGUCACAAUCAUCAAUUUUUUUAUACUACUUUGUUUCUGUGCAAGCCAGAUUGGUAUUAUAAUUACUUUCUUCUUUUAUCACAUCCCUUCUGUUGAUUACUGUAUUUAAGCAAGGAUUCAUUCUAGCAACUGUGGACAUCAGAACGUAUAUGAUAGAUAAUAGAUCAUUUUUAUGGUCUUUAUGAAACAACAUAUUUGACUCCUGGAUUUGUUUCUAAAAACGUCUUGGAAUUUUCUGUUUUCUUUCAACUCUCUGAAAUACAAUAUCUCCUCCUCCUCCUCACUUUUGUUUGCCUGCAUGCACAGGAGAGGGAAAAAUAUUGUACUUGCAAUCAAUUUCUGCAUUGAUCUUAACUCACUCUAUGUUAUGAACAUUGUACUUACGAGUAUGCCAGAAUCUUAGGAGUGUGGGAUAGAUAUUAGUCUCAUACAAGAUCUCUAGAUUAAGUUCAGUCAUCGAUUAGUUGGCCGGUCAAAAAAAAAUCCCUUGCGAGCGAAUCAAGUGCCCUUAUU